AUGGAAUUCACAUUGCUUUGUAACCUCGACGGCCCGCGCAAUGCCGGGAUUUCUUUGCGCCUCCGCUUGCUGCAUGUGUGGCCGUCGAAGUCUCCGGGGGACAACAGGAUCUACAAUUACUGCACUCUUUGGACCGAUAAAACGGGUAUGCUGAUUCAGGGCGUUUCACCAACUUCGAUGGCUGCUGGGAUUCGCCGUAAUCUCUCGGUUGGGAUGAUAUAUGUCAUAAAGUCCUUCGCUCUGAGCAAUCCGCCGAAUCAGUAUCGGUCGUGUUCUUUUGAUUUGGCUUUGGGUCUUUCGCCUUCGACUUCUUUCCUGCCUUGUGCUCUUCCUGCUGAGAGUUUCCCGGUUGAUGCUUACGAGUUUGUGGAUUUCUCCCAGUUAAGUAUUCGUGCCGGUAAUCAUCGUUAUUUGACAGAUGUUGUUGGCAGACUCCAUUCGAUCAGUGGGAUAUCCCACAAGAUCACCAAUAACGGUCUCGCAGUCAAGCAGACGGUUAUUAUUGAGGAUGAAAGUGGAUCGAAGGUCUCGAUUACGCUCUGGGAUGAGUUCUCGGCAGUGUUGGAUCAUGUUGCUCUCACUCAGGCUGACUCAAUUGAAGCUGUCAUAUUGGCAUUUGGCGGCUUGCUGGUUAAUAAGUUGGGGGAUGAUUAUGUCCUGUCCAGUUCGGCCGCUACUCGCGUAGCAGUCAACCCGCCAGUACCUAAGGCUUAUUAUCUUGCAUCUAGGUUUGCUGAGAAACACGAGACUGUUGCGUCCAUGCCAGUUGAGUUUGCUACUGCUGCUGAAGCUACAGCUGAUGCAGAUCGUCGCACCAAGACUUUGGGGCAGUUGGUGGCCUUAUCUAGGACGAACUCCUUGCUGGUCGUCCCUCUUGAUGAUCCUACGGUGGUGGGUGAUUUGCUUGAGUUUUCUUCGCCACGGCCAUCGGCUUCUCCCUCUCUGGGUGCAGCAAGUAGCGUGGGAGGCCCAUCGGGUUCAUCGAGGGCUGCGAAGGGAAAGGAAAAGGUUUCAGAUUCAAUCCCUAUUGAAGUAUCAGCUGUGCCAUUUAACAUCGCUGACCAGGAGGAUGUAAUUGAGAGAUUUUCUAGCCCUGCGCCCAGGAUUUUGCGGGAUCCUAUUCCUAUAAAUGUCGGAGUCCAAUCCAGCGCUCCAUCCACCCAGUCUGCUGCUUCGAUGGUCCUCAGGCGAUCAACCAGGAUUGAUGAGUCGAUGAGUUCUCAAGUUAUUGGUCGUGAUUUAUCUAUGCUUGCUUCAAAGAUUCUCAAGCCUUCCCCCGAAUCAUCUCCUGGGAAGCCCUUAGGUUCAACCGCUGCCUCGCCUUCGGCAUCGCUGUUGGUCUCUCCACUCGCCAAGAUAAAAGUGGAGAAAUUGGAUGAUGGCGAUGUCGCUCAAGUUUCACAUGGUGCUCCCUCGCAGGCAGGAGUUAAUAUGGAAUGGGAUUCUUCAGUGGAUAGUCAGAAAAAUUCGGCGUCAAAGCGAACUGAUCUAUGUUCGAUGGUGCCCUCGGAGUCGUAG